AGGAAGACUUCAAGAAGGAGGUGGCAUUUCAACAGAGCAGUAACAUCUUAAAAGAGGAGACAGGCAGGAGGGGAUGUUGCCAAAGCAGGUGUAAUGCUGGACCCGCUGCCUCUCAGACACAGUCCGUCCACCCAGUCUCCCCAAGCCUGGCAAUGCUUUGGGCACUUGUUAGGUCUGGCUGGAUUGUGGAGAGGCCAGGAGUGGCACCACCUCUGUAAGAGUAGUUGUGAGAGCUUGGGCAAGAUGGGUAUUGGUUUCCUGGUCGAUUUUUAACCCCUAAAGAUCAGAUCAGUGUCUUGAAAAUUGCGUGCAUGCUCUGUCACUGAGCAUCAGAUGGAUUGGAGAACAUACAUUAUGCCAGGGGUACCUAGGUCUGUGGCCACGCUAGUCCCUCUCUUUGUGGAGCUUACAGCCUUACAGGGGACAGACACUAUUCAGAUUAGGCCCUGCACAGUGCUGUGAAGAAGUAGAGGAGCUUUGAGAGGCACCUGUGUCUCAGGGGAACUGAUCAAGGGAGCGUGGGGAGCCAGAGCGGGGGACUGAGGAGCUGACAGUGGGUAAGAUCAACGAGCAAGGACUGAAGGGUGGGCUUAGCAUCCUUUCCAUUCCUUCAGGCGGCAGGAAGCCGUCUGGUGUGUUUGGGGAACUGAGAGGUGGGGCCAGUGCCCGGACAGCCUUAAGCUGAGGCCAAAGAGACUGGUGGGACCUGGUCAGGGGCUCAGGGGCCCCAGGAAGGGUUUGGGCCUUAUCGGAAGAGUAUUGGAAGCUGCUGACAAAGGAUUUUAAGCAGUGGUCUGAUAAUGAUCAGAUUCACGUUUUUUAAAGGUCGCUUUAGUGGUAAUUCGUGGAGAACAGCUUAAGGCAUCAAGAAUAGAGGUGACGUGGGAAUAUGUGAGCAGCUGGGCCAGGUGUGGGCUCUUUGCUGCCCAGUCUGCUUAGAUCUGCCCCCUGUGGGUGGGGACAGCCAGAGGCAGGUCCUCAGGAGCUAGAGUCACAGAGCUUUCACUGGAGCCUGUGUCUGUACGUUAGCCCCAGAGCUGCCUUUUCUUUUUUCUAGCAGCAGACCUGGAGGCCUGUGAGCCCUGUAUCCCAUUAACCAUGGAAAGGGUCAGCUCAGGCCACCAGCCCCUUAGGUGAAGACUCCACCUAAGGACUCCACCUGGGCCUCUAUUGACCAUCUGGAAUCAUGGAGGCAAGAGAACUCCUCUAGCUGGGAGACGGUCUUGUUGAAAGUCGUGGUUCAGCUCAGCUGGCUCUUCCUGCGAUCUGUCUUCAAGAGAGGUGCCUGCCCCGCUGACCUAGGAGCAGCUUCUACGGAUGGGGAGGUGGGCCCUGGACGUGGCCUUUGUGUGGAAGGCAGUAUUGACUCUGGGGCUGGUCCUUCUGUACUACUGCUUCUCCAUCGGCAUCACCUUCUACAACAAAUGGCUGACGAAGAGCUUCCAUUUCCCUCUCUUCAUGACGAUGCUGCACCUGGCCGUGAUCUUCCUCUUCUCUGCCCUGUCCAGGGCGCUGGUUCAGUGCUCCAGCCACAGGGCCCGCGUGGUGCUGAGCUGGACCGACUACCUCAGAAGGGUGGCUCCCACAGCACUGGCAACAGCACUUGACGUGGGCUUGUCCAACUGGAGCUUCCUCUACAUCACCGUCUCUCUGUACACAAUGACCAAAUCCUCAGCCGUCCUCUUCAUCUUGAUCUUCUCUCUGAUCUUCAAGCUGGAGGAGCUGCGCGCAGCACUGGUCCUGGUGGUCCUCCUCAUCGCCGGGGGUCUCUUCAUGUUCACCUACAAGUCCACACAGUUCAAUAUAGAGGGCUUCGCCUUGGUGUUGGCAGCUUCAUUCAUUGGUGGCAUUCGCUGGACCCUUACCCAGAUGCUUCUGCAAAAGUCUGAACUUGGCCUCCAGAACCCCAUUGACACCAUGUUCCACCUGCAGCCACUCAUGUUCCUGGGGCUCUUCCCUCUCUUUGCUGUCUUUGAAGGUCUCCAUUUGUCCACAUCUGAGAAAAUCUUCCGUUUCCAGGACACAGGGGUGCUCCUGUGGGUUCUUGGAAGUCUCUUCCUUGGCGGGAUUCUCGCCUUUGGAUUGGGCUUCUCUGAAUUCCUCCUGGUCUCCAGAACUUCCAGCCUCACUCUCUCCAUUGCUGGUAUUUUUAAGGAAGUCUGCACUUUGCUGUUGGCAGCUCAUCUUCUGGGUGAUCAGAUCAGCCUCCUGAACUGGCUGGGCUUUGCCCUUUGCCUCUCUGGAAUAUCCCUGCAUGUUGCCCUCAAAGCCCUCCACUCCAGAGGUGAUGGUGGCCCUAAGCCCCUGAAGGGGGUGGGGUCCAACCCCGACCUGGAGCUGCUGCUCCGGAGCAGCCAGCAGGAGGAAGAUGAAAAUGAGGAUUACUUUAUGGCCCAAGGGCAGCAGUGAGCAGCCAGGAGGAGCAGCUCGGAGUGACCCCUCCCCAUACCAUCCUGUUACCAAUACUUACCAGUGGCUCAAGGCCCAGGUGGCUCUUGAUAGCAGUUGGGGACAUUGGCCACAGAGUCACCCAGGUUUGACCAUGUGGUAGGACUAGGUCAGAGGCUGUGGCUCCUCCUUGCCCUUUAGAGCUUGACCAGUUGGGUGGUGAGCACUAGGCCAGCCUGGGACCUGGCUGGAGCUAGGCCGGAGCUAUGCAGGAAUCCCCACAGGAGAAGGGAGUGGCUGGUUCUCAGCUGUUUGACAGGCUCUGACAGCUAGACUAGUUGCAGGGGCAUAGUGACCUUCCAAGGGUUGGGUUUGGACUGCAGAGCAGCUGGGAAGGGGACCUAGAAAGGUCAGGGCCUUAUUACCUAUGGGUGGCUUUUCUCAGAGAGCUGAUUUAUUUAUAGUUUUGAAAUAAAUGCUUCAUGGUUCACUGGC